UCAACACGGGACCAGUCUGCUUGUUGGGAUGCUGAUGGUUAAGAUGGCCACCGGCAAAACACGGAGGAGGAACACAUUAGUGACUUAUGGAUAAAGGAGAAGACAACGACGACAUUAAGGACACACUCGGGGAUUAACACCUAUCGUUGGUCUUUAUUGGGCUGGCUCCGGCCUGACGACAGCCCCCAGGAUGAACAUGGUGAAGAGGAUCAUGGGGAGGCCCAGGCAGGAGGAAUGCAGCCCGCAGGACAACGCGCUGGGGCUCAUGCACCUGCGACGCCUCUUCUCCGAGCUCUGCCAUCCCCCGCGUCACAUGACCCAGAAGGAGCAGGAGGAGAAGCUCUACAUGAUGCUUCCUGUCUUCAACAGGGUGUUUGGUAAUGCUCCACCGAGCACCAUGACAGAGAAGUUCUCAGACGUGCUUCAGUUCACCACCCAGGUGUCCAGACUUAUGGUGACGGAGAUCAGGCGCAGGGCCUCCAACAAGUCCACAGAGGCAGCCAGCAGAGCUAUCGUCCAGUUCCUGGAGGUGAACCAGAGUGAGGAGACAAGCAGGGGAUGGAUGCUGCUCUCUACAAUCAACCUACUGGCUUCUUCUGGACAGAAAACAGUGGACUGCAUGACGACCAUGUCGGUGCCCUCCACACUGGUCAAGUGUCUCUACCUGUUCUUCGACCUUCCCAACAUGGCCGACCCACCGGGGGGCCCCGCCCCUCCCCCUCCUCCAGCCCCUCCCCAACAGGACAAGAACUCCGGCAACCCGGAGCUGCCUCUGGCCGACCGCCGCGCCCUGCUGCAGAAAGUGUUUGUUCAGAUCCUGGUGAAGCUGUGUAGCUUUGUGUCUCCGGCGGAGGAGCUGGCCCAGAAGGACGACCUCCAGCUCCUCUUCAGCGCCAUCACCUCCUGGUGUCCUCCUCACAACCUCCCCUGGAGGAGGAGUGCUGGGGAGGUGCUGGCGACCAUCUCACGCCACGGCCUCAGCGUCAACGUGGUCAAGUACAUCCACGAGAAGGAAUGUCUUUCCACCUGUGUCCAGAACAUGCAACAGUCAGACGACCUUUCCCCCCUGGAGAUUGUAGAGAUGUUUGCAGGCCUUUCCUGCUUCCUGAAAGACUCUAGCCACCUUUCCCAGACCCUUCUGGAUGAUUUUCGAAUGUGCCAGGGCUACGCCUUCCUCUGUGACCUCAUGCUCAGACUGGAGCAGGCCAAAGAGGAUGAAUCAAAGGAUGCACUGAAGGACCUCGUCAACCUGGUCACCUGUCUGACCACAUAUGGAGUAACAGAACUCAAGCCCGCCGGAUUGACCACUGGAGCUCCCUUCCUCCUGCCCGGCUUUGUCCUCCCAUUGCCUUCUGGGAAAGGUAACACGGUGAGGAACUUGCAGGCGUUCUCCGUUCUGCAGAACGCCUUCCUGCGUGCCAAGACCAGCAGGCUGGCUCGCAUGGUGCUCGACGCCAUUGCUAACAUCUACGCCGCGGAGCCUGCCAACUACUUCAUCCUGGAGGCGCAGCACACGCUGUCGCAGUUCGCAGAGCGAGUGGCCAAGCUCCCCGAAGCCCAGGUCAAGUACUUUGAGCUCCUGGAGUUUGUGGUCUUCAACCUGAACUACGUCCCCUGUAAGGAGCUCUUCAGUGUCAGUGUGCUGCUCAAGUCCAGUACCUCGCACGCGUGCAGUAGCACCGCUGUCCGCAUGCUACUGAAGCUGGCACGCCACGACGCAGUCUUCAGCGAUGUCCUGCGAGAGGUGGGCCUUCUGGAGGUGCUGGUCAACCUUCUGCACAAGUACACCGCUUUGCUCAAGGACCCUGCGGUACAGCAGAACACGGCGACGCAACAAAACCCGCAGAACAACGAGCAUGGUGACAGUAGGAACAGUUCAGUGGUGGAAGAGCAGAAACAGCUGGCCUGGCUCGUGAUGGAGACACUGACAGUACUUCUGCAGGGCUCCAAUAUCAACGCAGGUCUAUUCAGAGAGUUCGGGGGCGCUCGCUGUGUCCACAACAUCAUCCGUUACCGCCAGUGUAGAGAGCAGGCUCUUCUGAUCAUCCAGCAGCUGGUGGUUUCUCCCAGCGGGGACGAUGACAUGGGAACCCUGCUUGGGCUCAUGACCUCAGCCCCGUGCACCGAGAUGGAGCUGAAGGCUGACAUCCUGAGGGCCCUGUUGACCGUGUUGAGGGAGAGCCAUCGCACACGCACCGUUUUCCGUAAAGUGGGCGGCUUUGUUUACGUGACCUCACUGCUGGUUGCCAUGGAGCGCUCCCUGUGCCAGCCACCGCGACAGGGCUGGGAGCUGGCCAAUCAGAACCAGGUGUUUGAGCUGCUGCUCACCAUCUUCUGCACGCUGACCGCCGCCAUGCGCUAUGAACCUGCAAACUCACACUUCUUCCGCACGGAGAUCCAGUACGAAAAGCUGGCUGAUGCUGUCAGGCUCCUGGGCUGUUUCUCAGACACUAAGAAGCUGGGGCCGACGACCAUCUUCCCCUCCAACGCCCAGCUCUUCCAAAGACUCCUUGAGGAGGAUGUGCCCCCGCUAGGAGGAGCAGGAGAGGGAGUCUGCCCUACCCUUAAACACUGCAGCAAGCUCUUCAUCUACCUGUACAAGAUGGCCACAGAUUCCUUCGACAGUCGUACAGAGCAACUUCCUCCCUGUCUCAGCCAGGAGUCGUCUCUUCCUUCCCCCUGGGGGACUCCAGCGCUGACCAGGAAGAGGCACGGGUACUAUGGCACCUCAGGCCCCCCGGCCCAGGUGAAGGCAGUGAAUGACCUGAAGGUGUACCACGCCAACCCCCAGGCCGGGCCCCCCCAGCCCUCCUCCGACGUGGUGGUCAUUCACCCUGGGGCGGUGCUGGCCAUCCUGGACCUUCUCCCCUCCGUCAGCUCUGACAGCCAACCAGAGCAUGCGCUGGACCUGCAGCUGGCAGUGUCCAACCUGCUGCAGGUGCUGGUGCACAGCGAGAGGAACCAGCAGGUGCUGUGUGAGGCGGGGCUGCACCAGCGGCUGCUGCAGCGCUGUGGCCACGCGCUGGGGGACGAGGACCACCCCCUGCACCCUCCCCUCCAGAGGACCUUCGAGAGGCUGGCCUCCCAGGCCCUGCUGCCCAUGGCCCUCAGGGAGUUCUUGCGGCUGGGCAACCCUCUGAACUGUGGGGCGUGGGAUAAGAAGCUGUUGAAACAGUACCGCGUCCACAAGCCCAGCUCCCUGAGCUACGAUGCUGAGAUGAGAAGCAGCAUGACCACGUCGAUGGAGGGCUUCGGGCCCGACAGCGUGUUUACCACGCCGGGGGAGGACAGCAGUCAGUACCGGAUCAGCCGCAGCCUGGUCCGCUCCAGCGAGGACAGCACCGUCCCCCUCACCCGGGUGAAGUGCCUGGUAUCCAUGACGACGCCCCAUGACAUCCGCUUGCACGGUUCAGCCGUCACCCCGGCCUUCGUAGAGUUUGACACGUCGCUGGAAGGCUUUGGGUGUCUGUUCCUGCCCAGCUUGGCUCCCCACAAUGCCCCCACCAACACCACCUCCAACUCCGCCCUAAGUGAGGGGGCGGUACCAAGCGGCCGAGGAGCAGGGGAGAGGGUGUUCCCCCCAGCGUCCGGCCUCACCUACUCCACCUGGUUCUGUGUGGAGCGCUUUAGCUCCGCCCCCCAUCUCCACCCCCUGCGUCUGCUGACAGUGGUGCGACGGGCAUCGGCCUCAGAGCAGCACUACGUCUGCCUGUCCAUCACCCUUUCGCCUAGCGACCGCUCGCUAUCCGUCUCCACCAAGGAAGAGCUGCUGCACUCCUACUCCGAUGAGUCCAGAGAGGAGGGGUCUUUCUACGAGCUUCUUCCCUGCUGUGCGAGGGUCCGUUGUGCGGACCAGAUCCUGGAGGGCCAGUGGCAUCACCUGGUGGUGGUGAUGAGUAAAGGCAUGCUAAAGAACAGCAUGGCCUCGCUCUACCUGGACGGACAGCUGCUCAGCACUGUCAAGCUCCACUACGUCCAUAGUGUCCCCGGGGGCUCGGGCUCAGCCAACCCCCCGGUGGUGAGCACGGUGUACGGCUACAUCGGUACGCCCCCCGCCCAGCGGCUGGUGUCCUCCCUGCUGUGGCGCCUGGGACCCAGCCACUUCCUGGAGGAGGUGGUGCCCGCUCCUGGGGUCGCCGCCAUCUAUGAGCUGGGACCCAACUACGUGGGCAGCUUCCAGGCUGUCUACCUCCCCUGUAGGGACUCCAAGACGGAGGGUGUUCCCCCCUCUCUGGUGUCUUUGGUCCCAGAGGAGAAGGUGUCCUUCAGCCUCUAUGCCGUCUCCGUCUCCUCUCUCACCGUGGCCAAGAUCAGGAAGGUCUACAACAAACUGGACAGCAAAGCCAUCGCUAAACAGCUCGCCGUGUCGUCUCAUGAGAAUGCCACUCCGGUCAAGUUGAUCCAUAAUGCCGCUGGCCACCUCAACGGCCCCGCCCGCACCAUUGGAGCUGCUGUGAUUGGUUACCUAGGAGUGCGGGCCUUCAUGCCAAAGCCCGUGGCCACCAACCUGCAGUACAUCGGUGGGGCGGCGGCCAUUCUGGGCCUGGUUGCCAUGGCGUCCGAUGUGGAGGGGUUGUACGCAGCAGUCAAGGCUCUCGUAUGUGUUGUUAAGAGCAACCCUCUGGCCAGCAAGGAGAUGGAGCGCAUCAAAGGAUACCAGCUGCUGGCCAUGCUGCUGAAGAGGAAGCGCUGGCUGUUGAACAGUCACAUCCUGCACCUGACCUUCUCCCUGGUGGGCACCGUGGACAGCGGCCACGAGACCUCCAUCAUCCCCAACUCCGCCGCCUUCCAGGACCUGCUCUGUGACUUUGAGGUGUGGCUCCACGCGCCCUAUGAACUCCACCUGUCCCUCUUUGAGCACUUCAUAGAGCUGCUUACUGAAUCCAGCGAGGCAGUGAAGAACGCUAAACUGCUGCGUGAGUUCCAGCUGAUCCCCAGACUCCUGCUGACCCUGAGGGACACGUCUCUCUCCCAGCCCACCGUGGGAGCCAUCGGCCAGGUGCUCAGCCUCCUGCUGCAGGGCUUCCCCCACCCCUACGACCUGCUCAGGUUCGGCCAGUUCAUCUCCUCCACCCUGCCGACGUUUGCUGUGUGUGAGAAGUUUGUUGUCAUGGAGAUCAGCAACGAGGAGAAGAUUGACGGAGGGAAUGACGAGGACUUUGGAGGACUGCUGUCAGCCAACCUGAUCCUUCUGAGGAACCGACUGCUGGACAUCCUGCUGAGACUUCUCUUCACAUCUAAAGACAAGGCCACCAUCAACCCCCAGGCGUGUGACGAGGUGGUGCGGACGCUGGGCUUUGAUUGGCUGCUGAUGUUCCUGGAGGAGCAUGUGCACUCCAGCACGGUGACGGCGGCCCUGUGGAUUCUGGUGGUGCUGCUGUCCCACAACAACAUCCUGCACCGCUUCAAGGAGGGCCUGUGUGGGGGCGGCUGGCUGGACCACACCGACUCAGUCCUCACCAACAAGAUCGGCACCGUGCUUGGUUUCAACGUGGGCAGGAGUGCUGGUGGGCGCUCAACGCUGCGAGAGAUCAACCGAGACGCCUGUCACUUCUCUGGCUUUCCGGUCCUGCAGGCUCUGCUGCCAAAACACACCAACGUCCCCGAGAUCUACUUCCUACUGAUGGCCCUUUUCCUGCAGCAGCCUGUUACUGAGAUGCCUGACAGCCUCCAGGCACAAUUCGACCUGGACUCCAUCUGGACCUUUAUCUUCGGGGUCCCUGCGUCCAGCGGGGCGGCCCAUGUGGGUUCCCUGCAGAACGUCUGCACCGAGGCAGCCUUCCUGCUGCUGGCCAUGCUGCGUAGCAUGCUGAACCUGCCCUGGCAGUCUGAGGAGGGGUCUUGGCUCAGGGAAUACCCCAUCACCCUCAUGCAGUUCUUCAGGUACAUGUACCACAACGUGCCUGACCUCACACCCAUGUGGCACAGCUCAGAGUUCCUGUGUGCUCUGGCAGCCAGCGUCUUCCCCUUCAACAUCAGACCCUACUCUGAGAUGGUGAGUGAUCUAGACGACGAGACGGGGUCUCCUACAGAGGAGUUCAAGGGCUUUGCCGGAGACUCUGGGAUGAACCGGAGCCAGUCUGAGUAUUGCAAUGUGGGAUCUAAGACCUACCUGACCAACCACCCCGCCAAGAAGUACGUGUUUGACUUCAUGAGGGUGCUGAUCAUGGACAACCUGUGCACCACCCCGGCCACCAAGCAGACCCCUGUACUGGACCUGCUGCUGGAGGCGUCUCCGGAGCGUUCCACCAGGACCCAGCAGAAGGAAUUCCAGUCGUUCAUCCUGGAUGGAGUCAUGGACCACCUGCUGGCAGCUGACCUACUCCUCGGUGAGGACUCCUCCCUGGCCGUCAGUAGUGGCGGCAGCUACCAGACGCUGGUCCACAACAUCUUCUACUUCAGCCAGCGUGUGGUGGACAAGCUGUGGCAGGGCAUCUUCAACAAGGACUCCAAGCUGGUGGUGGACUUUAUAGUGCAGCUCAUAGGACAGUCCAAGCGGCGGUCGCAGGGCGUGUCUCUGGACUCGGUGUACCACAGUCUGAACCGCACCGUGCUGUUCCAGCUCUGCAGGCCUCACAAGACCGUGGCCCAGCAGGUGGCCCUGCUGGACGCCCUCAGGGUGCUCACAGUCAACCGGAACCUGGUGCUGGGGCCCGGCAACCACGACCAGGAGUUUAUAGCCUGCCUAGCUCAUUGCUUCAUCUGUCUGCAUACCGGCAGCGGUGUGGAGGGUUUCGGUCUGGAGGCAGAAGCUCGCAUGACCACCUGGCAUGUGAUGAUGCCGGCUGAGAACCAAUCAGACGCAAGCAGUAACCAGGAAGUCAGCGAAGGCCGCCAGCUGCUCCUGAAGGCGGUGGCCCGUGUGUGGACCGAGCUGAUGCACAGUAAGCGAAGCAUGCUGGAGGACAUCUUCAAGGUGUCCCUGCCCUCCAACGACCGGGGCCACGUGGACGUGUCCACCGCCCGGCCCGCCCUGGAGGAGCUGGCCCUCAGGAGCUGGCAGAACCAACUGGCCCAAGAGAAGAAGCUGAUUGGUCGAGGUGAGGCCGUGACUCCGGCCAGCCAAUCAAAGCUGUCGAGGGUCAGCAGUGGGUUCGGUCUUUCGAAACUCACUGGGGUCCGUCGCCACAAGAAAGACCCCAGCCUCAACAAGAACCAGCUGUCUGCCCAGGAAACCUUCCAGUGGAUGUUUACCCACAUCGCCGUGGUGAGAGACCUGCUGUCCAUACAGUUUAAGGAGCAUCAGGAGCGACAGCAGACCUGUCUGAAGUACGUGACGGAGGAGUGGGCUGGUAUCGAGUACGAGCUGCUUAGAGAGCGGGGUCUCUGGGGCCCGCCCAUCGGCUCCCACCUCGACAAGUUUGUCCUGGAGAUGACGGAGGGGCCCUGCCGCAUGAGGAAGAAGAUGGUCCGCAACGACAUGUUCUACAUUCACUACCCCUUCGUCCCGGAGCCGGAGCCCAACCCCCCCAACUCCACACAGAUUCAGAAGCCCCAGCGGUACCGGCGUGCCAUCAGUGCGGACAGUAAGGAGUACUACAUGAGGCUGCUGUCUGGAAACCCGGGCAUGUACCAGCACUCCCUGGAGCCCAGCGCCCCCGGGGAGACCAACCACACAGAGCCCGAGCACGGAGAGGACACCAUCGCCAGGGUCAAAGGUCUGGUCAAGGCUCCUCUGAAGCGGUCUCGCUCCACGGCAGACGGGGGAGACGAGGACAGCCAGGAUCUGACCCAGGACCAGCUGCUGGAGGCAGGAGGACCUGAGGAGGAGGAGAGGACCGACAACACCUCCCUGCUGCGCCUCCUCGAGGAGGGAGAGAAGAUCCAGCACAUGUACCGGUCCGCGCGGGUCCAGGGCCUCGACACUAGCGAGGGCCUGCUGCUGUUUGGGAAGGAACACUUCUACGUGAUCGACGGAUACACCAUGACCGUCUCCAGGGAGAUCAGGGACAUAGACACCCUGCCCCCCAACUUGCAUGAGGCCAUCAUCCCCCGGGGUGCGCGGCAGGGCCAGAGCCAGCUGAAGAGAACCGCCAGCAGUUUUGCCUACGAAGACAUCAAGGAAGUACACAAGAGACGCUACCUGCUACAGCCCAUGGCGGUGGAGGUGUUCUCAGCAGACGGAAGGAACUACCUUCUUGCCUUCCAGAAGGGUGUCCGCAACAAAGUCUACCAGAGGUUCCUGGCGGUGGUGCCAUCGUUGGCUGACAGCUCUGAGUCGGUCUCAGGCCAGAGACCCAACACCAGCGUAGAGCAAGGGUCUGGCCUUCUCAGCACCCUGGUCGGGGAGAAGUCUGUGACCCAGCGUUGGGAGAGAGGCGAGAUCAGUAAUUUCCAGUACCUGAUGCAUCUGAACACACUGGCGGGCCGCUCCUACAACGACCUGAUGCAGUACCCCGUCUUCCCCUGGGUGCUGGCCGACUACGACUCACAGGAGUUGGACCUGAACAACCCGGCUACCUUCAGGAACCUGGCCAAGCCCAUGGGCGCCCAGACGGACGACCGCCUCACCCAGUACAAAAAGCGUUUCAAGGACUGGGAGGACCCCAACGGGGAGACACCAGCGUACCACUAUGGGACCCACUACUCCUCCGCUAUGAUCGUAGCUUCGUACCUGGUCCGCAUGGAGCCAUUCACACAGAUCUUCCUGAGACUACAGGGCGGUCACUUUGACCUGGCGGAUCGCAUGUACCACAGUGUGAGAGAGGCCUGGCUCUCCGCCUCCAAACACAACAUGGCCGACGUCAAGGAGCUCAUCCCAGAGUUCUUCUACCUGCCAGAGUUCAUGCUCAACUCCAACAACUUUGACCUGGGAGCGAAGCAGAACGGCACCAAGCUGGGAGACGUCAUCCUCCCGCCCUGGGCCAAAGGAGACCCCCGCGAGUUCAUCAGGGUUCACAGACAGGCCCUGGAGUGCGACUACGUGUCGGCCCACCUCCACGAGUGGAUCGACCUGAUCUUUGGCUUCAAGCAGCAGGGCCCACCGGCGGUGGAGGCGGUCAACGUGUUCCACCACCUGUUCUACGAGGGCCAGGUGGACAUCUACAACAUCAACGACCCCCUGAAGGAGACCGCCACCAUCGGCUUUAUCAACAACUUUGGACAGAUCCCAAAGCAGCUCUUUAAGAGGGCCCACCCUCCCAAGCGUGUUCGAGGCCGGACCAACGGAGAGCCAGCUGGCCUUCCUCUCAGCUUCUUCUUCCAUCACCUUGACAACCUGAGGCCCUCGCUCGCCCCGCUCAAAGAGCUGAAGGAGCCAGUUGGACAGAUCGUGUGUACUGAUAAGGGCAUAGUGGCGGUGGAACAGAACAAGGUUCUAGUCCCUCCUUCUUGGAGCAAAACCUUUGCUUGGGGAUAUGCUGACCUCAGCUGUCGCCUCAGCAACUACGAGUCAGACAAGGCAUCGGUGGUGUACGAGUGUUUGUCUGAAUGGGGGCAAAUCCUCUGUGCCAUAUGUCCGAACCCCAAGCUUGUCAUCACUGCCGGCACCAGCACCAGUAUCUGUGUGUGGGAGAUGGGCACAUCCAAAGAGAAAGCCAAGUCUCUCACGCUAAAGCAGGCAUUGCUGGGCCACACAGAUGCGGUGACGUGUCUGAUGGCCUCCUCGUCGUACCACAUGGUGGUCAGUGGCUCCCGGGACAGGACCUGCAUCAUCUGGGACCUCAACAAGCUGGCGUUCGUCACGCAGCUCCGCGGGCACCGGGCCCCUGUCUCCGCUCUCUGCAUCAACGAACUGACAGGGGACAUUGUUUCGUGCGCGGGGACCUACAUCCACGUGUGGAGCAUCAACGGCAGCCCCAUCUCCAGCGCCAACACCUUCACGGGCCGCAGCCAGAACAUCCUCUGCUGCUGCGUGUCGGAGAUGAAUGAGUGGGACACGCAGAACGUCAUCGUGACUGGGCACUCCGACGGCGUCGUCAGGUUCUGGAGAAUGGAAUUCCUCCAAGUCCCAGAAACCCCUGCACCAGAGCCCGUGGAAGCGGACGUCCCAGACUGCUGUCCGGAAGAGAAAAUUGCUGAGGGGGCUGUGACCCACCAAGGGGAGGAGGAGAGCAGUGAGUCGGACGGCGAUGAGCCCAGUCUCAACCCGGAGCCUAAGACUCCUCCCAGUGCCUCUAACGCAGGAGACAGCCACCCAGGCAGCGCUGUUCACAGACCUAAAGGUCCUGGAGUCCGCAGCGGUCCCUCCUGGUCUCUGGACAGCGGUUCAGAUGACUCCCGCCACUGGUCAGACACCCUCAGCACCGACGAGAAGGACGGCUUCGUCUUCAUCAACUACUCUGAGGGCCAGAGCAGACCUGGCAGGCCACCUGGGGGGCCCCAACCCCCAGGGGGGGGGCAGCACCCAGGGGGGGGGCAGCACCCAGGGGGGCCCAAGCAGCCAGCCCAGCCAGCCCCCUCCCAGCCCCCCUCAGGGUCUGUUCCACAAACGGCCCCCCAGCCUGGAGCUGGGGAAGCUCGACCUUACAGCCAGCUGAGGACAGGGUACAGAUGGGAGAGGCAGCUGGUGUUUCGUAGCAAACUCACCAUGCACACGGCAUUUGAACGCAAGGACAACGGAACGCCGGCGGAAAUCACUGCACUGGCCAUCUCCAAGGACCACAGUAAGGUGAUGGUGGGGGACGGCCGGGGGCGUGUGUUCAGCUGGUCGGUGAGCGAGCAGCCGGGCCGGUCGGCAGCGGACCACUGGGUGAAGGACGAGGUGGGGGACAGCUGCUCCGGCUGCAGUGUCCGCUUCUCCCUCACAGAGAGACGCCAUCACUGCAGAAACUGUGGACAGCUCUUCUGCCACAAAUGCAGUCGUUUCCAGUCUGAGAUCCGCCGGCUGAAGAUCUCGUCUCCAGUGAGAGUGUGUCAGACCUGUUACCAGACCCUGCAGAACUAACUCACAAGCGCACAUCACACACACACACACACACACACACACACACACACACACACACACACACACACACACACACACAGUCCACCGCUACCCUUCACUGCUCCCAUCCUAUCAACCAUGUGGCAUGAGUAACAAGACUGAAGAGGAAAAUGUGUCAACAAAAGAAGAGCAAGUCUGAAGAUGUGAGACCAGGUUGGAAGGCCUCUUUCUUCCUAUAGUGUACACACACACACACACACACACACACACACACACACACACACACACACACACACACACACACACACACACACACACACACACACACACACACACACACACACACACACACACACACACACACACACACACACUAACCGCCCAUGAGCAAGGGAUCAAAGGAGAAACAGAAAGAGCUACUAGCUGUAACAUAGCGCUUAGCUUUCUGGCUAACUUCUUCUGGCUUAAAAACAUAACAAAUUGAUAACGAGCCGCUAACGGCUAGUCACUUAGCAAGCAGGCGAACACCUCCUGGGGGAAUGUAAAUAUUCUAAAUGUUUGUACUCGUGGCUCUAGUUAUGCAAUGACUUCAUGUCUUUAUAUUUUUUUACUAUUUCAUCAUUUUGGUUGUUAAAAAAUCGGUUAUGUUUUUGUGUUGCCCACAGUGUCCAAUCGUUGUUCUGCCAAACAGACCGCCACACAUCACUCCUACCUAAUCUCUGUCAUUUGACAUGAAGUUAUCAUUUGACACAUUCUUAUCAUGCAAUGUUCCAUGAAAUGCAUUCACCACUAUAUUAGGUCUGUGAUGUAUUCUACACUAUCACCAUACACUAUAUGUGCUCUUUCACUCUCUGUCUCUCUGUGACUCUGCCUCUCUCACUCUCUCUUUGUCUUUCUCUUUUUUUCUUGCUCUUUCUGGCUUUCUCUCUCUGCCGUGUAUAAAAGUGUCAUAAAGUGAUGACACUGUAGUGGGUCUGUAAUAAAUCAUGUCGGACGAUAAUAACUAUGAAGAAUAUACCUUACCCUAUAUAUGAAUACACUCUGUAUAACUACAAACCCGAGAUAUGACAUGGUAUGGUAUGAAGAUAUUAACGCAUCUCUAACCCCAAGGGGGCGCUGUGGGUAGACCUUACUGCUGCUUUCUUGGUUAAAAGAAAUAUACUUUUUUUUUCUCCUUUGUAUGUAGUUCCUAACACGCAUACACACACACACAAACACACACUAAACCUGCCGUAUAUAUGCACUCUUAAUACUAAUAAUUGUGAUUCUUCAUGCUCUCUCAUGUAUGUACUGUACACUAGCUCCUGUUAAGCACCGUGCGCCCGUCUCCACCUCCUCCGCACCUUCACGUGUACAAAACAAAUCAUGUUUUUAUGAAAUGCAGUUUUAUGUUACGCGCCAUUAUUUAGGAGGGAGGGUGCAAUUCGACGCAGCGAAAAUGAACUGUACAAAGUAUUUAUGCAAUUAUAAUUGAUUUUUGAUUGUUUUUUUAUGAUGAGUUACUUGUUGCAUGUCUGAGCAGCCAUAAUGUUCCUGGUUGCUCUCUGGUCAUAUAAAGAUGAUUUUAUUUCGUUUGAGGCAUUAUCUUAAAAGGAGCACCACAACAGUAUCUGGUGCAAUGAAUGUUUCUUGUAUAUUUGUCUAAUGGGAAAAUAAAACCCUAACAAUACGUUAAAAUAAUGCAAUAGAUUGGUUAUUAUUUUAAUUUCAAUAAAUAAUUGCUGUUUACCA